UACAGUUACUGUUUGGGGGGCAACUUAAAUGAAAUCAUUGUUUAUGGGAUUCUAAAUCUCUGCCAAAAAGUGAUCUUCAUCACAAGACACCGGCUUCUACCAAGUACUAAGAAGGAAGGAAGGGGGGGCUAGUCUCAGUUGCAGUCAAAGCUGUCGUAAUUAUAAAUUAUUUUUGUUUAUACUGGCCAUGUCCUGGUUGACGCCCAAGCAGCAAACUCAUUUCCACUGACUAAAACCAAAUAAAUAGGAAACUUGUGUGCAGGAAAAUGUUUGGGGAAAUUUGCAGACAGAUGUCACUUCCAGUUUUCACAAUAACGGUGACUUGCCAGAACUUAUGGUGCCAGAGUUCCCAUCUAGAUAACACAGUCUGGUUUAGUGUCAGGCACAGACAGACCUGUAAAAUCCAGUCAUUCAUUUCAGACCUCCGUCAAGUCUAGUUGCUGCUCCAAAAUUGACAAGAGCGAAGUAAGAUGGAGAUUGUUGCAGUGUACAGGCUGUUUCUCUUGUUUCUCUGCUUUGUCUUCACUUCUUGUUCCACUCCGUCUCAAGACCAGCCUCUCGUAUCGACAUCAUCUUUGGUUGAAGUGGAAACAACGAUGCUGCCAAUGCAGAAGGAUUUAUGUCAGACCUGCAAGUGCGAUAGAACGAAUGAUGCCAAGGUGGUAAACUGUAGUUCCGUACAGUUGAAUGUUGCUGACUUGGCGUCUGCUGACCUCAGUGACACUGGCACACUGAUCCUCAGCCACACAAACUUGGAGCGCUUUCCUGCUGUACAGGCACCACAACUUGUCACUUUGGACUUGUCACAUAAUCAGAUCUCAGAUUUGAGUGAAUCACCCGUUGGUGAGAAUAGACCUGAUUUGAGAGAGCUGGAACACUUGGAUAUAAGCCAAAACCGUCUGUCUAAACUCACCAGAGAGAUGCUAGGUGGUGCUGUGAGCCUGAUCAAUCUUGAUGUCUCUCACAACAAUAUAAACACCAUAGACAUCGACACUUUUGCUAAUUUGACGUCCUUGAAGACCCUGCGGCUAGACCACAAUCAGCUGGACGAAGUCCCGAGUGCCAUCAAAAGCAACUACAGGUAUUUAAGGCAGGAACUCCAGACCCUCAAUCUGAGGGGGAAUCCCAUCAAGGAACUUCCAGAGGAUCCCUUUGGAGACCUGAAGUACCUUCAUAACUUGGACCUUAGCAGAAUGGAGCUGAAAUAUGUCCAUCCAGAUGCUUUCAAGGGGCUCACGACAGGCUUACAUGAGCUUUAUCUAAAUUCCAAUAGCCUUCAGACGCUGUCUAUACUAACUAUUCAGAACCUACAUCGUUUGACCUCCCUGUCCUUAUACGACAACCCUUUGGUAUGCAAUUGCACCCUGGAAGACCUUGCUAAGUACUUGGAGGCUCGACCUAACAUUAGCAUUGUCUGUUUGAAGCACACAAACUGCAAUGUCAAUGACAGCCAAAAUAUUGAUUUCAAAAGCCAAGACAUUUCCAUGUUCUGUAUAUCCCCCACUACUGUAGGAACCACAGAACGCAUGUCUAGUAAAUCCUUCCCCACUGUAGAAAUCCUACUUGGAGCUGUGGGACUUACUGUCCUCAUCGCCAUAGCAAUCAUCAUUAUAUACUGUUACAGAAAAAGGCAGUCAGACCACACCAACAGCUCUUCAGUGAAUGCAGUGCCAUCUUUUCAAUUGACGCACGUCCAGACAUCUACAGAAGAUAACACCAAGACCCGUAGUGAGCACUUUUACUCCAGCGUUAAGAGCCUGCAGCCUCCAGUGUAUGCUUACGCACAAGUCCCUGGUGGACUCAGUGGUCCGAAGACGAUUGAGCCAGCAGCUACUUACAAAAAUGUGUCAUCUCCGCAGAGACAACAGCCAGAUGACAGUUACCUGAUGCCAUCCUGUAAAAAAAAAGAGCAGAAACCUCUUCCAAAGCCUCGGAAGUGCUGCCUUAACGAGCAAACAGUACUGUAAAAGAGCGACAUCAAACUGUCAGGUCAAACGUGAGUCAUACCAGAUUGCUCACCUGUGCUACAAGUAGGCUUAUCCUACACAUUACAUACACAAUAGAUUGCAGUUUGUUAUCCACAUACCAGCGUGUAUCAUUCUCAACUGGGUAUUUCUUUUUGCUCGGGUGUGGCAGACAACCACUUUCUUCUGUUUUUCCUCAAGUGCAGUAGAAAAGUAGAACAGUGGAAGGCUGUGAUGUGUGUGUGAGAAGAUCUCGAACGACUGUAGCUUACUUUCAUAAACUAAGAAGAACUUUUCUUUUUUACGUUUAGACUAGAAUCCGGCCAGCUGUCGCUCUGGUGGCACCAUUAUGACUUACAUGUGGUAUAUGUGCUUGAUUACAUACCAUCUCAACCAGGAGGGCAUUUGGAAAUUGAUAUGCACAUCAAGUUUAAGCGUACUUGCUAGAGUGUAAUACCCCUGAAAACAUGUCAUCUGCUAGGAUAUUUGUGGCACCAAUCAGAGGUUAACAUGGCACAACCAUGGUGGCAGUGUUUGGGGUCAUUUUUACGUGGAAAUUACAUUGAAAAGGACCGUAGUAAUUUCAAACAAUGUCGUUGUGGUCUAUCACAAAGCACUUCACCAUUUCUAAGCAUAUGUACUCAUCUGUAAAAUGGUGCUGUGAAUCAAAGAUGUACAAAUUGCAGUCUGUACAU